ACGAAGAUCACACACACCUCAUUGGCCUUUCCCCUAUGGGGAAUAAAGCACGUCCAUCAAUAUGUAUGUCCUGAUGGUUUCUGUGUCCUCCCUGACAGUCCGUCCCCAUAAUAUCGUGGCCAUGAAGGCCGUGGUGAAGCACGUGGUGAAGGCACACCUGUGCCAGGAGUGCGGCAAGUCCUUCAGCAAGAAGGGCAACCUGAAGAGACACCAGCGCAUCCACACAGCAGAGGAACUCUUCUCUUGCGGGCAGUGUGGCCGACGUUUCACCACCCGGGGCCACCUGAGGACCCACCAGAGCAUCCACACCGGGGAGAGGCCCUUCUGCUGCGGGGAGUGCGGGCGUUCCUUCCGCCUGGAGAUAUGCCUGGAGGCCCACAGGAAGACACACGCCAAGGGUGGGCCCUACCUCUGUGCCCACUGCGGCAAGAGGCUGAGCACAAAGAUCUACUUCAACAUCCACAUGCGGACGCACACGGAGAAGAGGCCGUUCGCCUGCAGCGAGUGUGGGAAGAGCUUUGUGAAGAAGGGAACGCUCACGGCCCACAAGGAGAUCCAUAAGCGGGAGAAGCCCUUCCAGUGCCCCGAGUGCAGCAGAUGCUUUGGGCAGAGUGCCACGCUGUUGGCCCACCAGAAGAUCCACCUUCGUGGAGGGCCUUUCAUUUGCACUGAGUGUGGGAAGAGCUUGAGCACCAAACGGUAUUUCAACGUCCACCAGAGGAACCAUGCUAAGGAAAAGCCACUCAAGGGACACAUGGAAGAUGCGUCUCUCCACGUCAUACAGAUUAAAGAGGAAACUGCCUUUAAGUCAGAAGAGAAUGGGUUGGAGUGUGUAUUUAACGAAGGACCUAACAUCCCAUUUCCAAAAAGCCCUCAUUGGAAAAUCCAAACAAAAGAGGAACCAGGACCACCCACCUACGACACAGAAAACAUCACUGCAAUAGCCUGCCAGAAACUUCACAUCAAGGAAGAACCACAAGAAAACCUGGACUGUGGAAUGCUCUUUGAUCCAGUACUCUCAUUGAUGAUUUUACAGGGAAGACGGGUUAAAAAGGAAAGGGAUUCUGACGGGCAGCAUGACCAAAAAGGUCCCAUAGCUGGUAACAUGGUGCUCCAUGUGAAGGAAGAACCACAGAAGAGCACUGACAGUGAGAUCCACUGUGGUCAGAAGCCAAACCUGAGUGCCAUCCAAAGGAUCCAGUCUGAAGAGAAAGCUGGUGUGGAGGAUGACCACCAGGAGAGACAGAGCCCAGGGAGGAAGCUGAAGAAAUGCAGUCAACCCACCAAAGAAGGGAACCAGGAGAAAUCCACAUCCAAGAAAGAUCUCUCAACAAAACAAGCUUCCAAAGGUGAACGGAUAUUCCCCUGUCCCGAGUGUGGGAAGACUUUCAAUCAGAAAUCAAACCUGACCAGACACCAGAAGAUCCACACGAGCGAGGGGCCAUACAAGUGCACCGAGUGCGGGGAGAGCUUCCGCAUGAACCGCAAACUGGUCCGGCACCAGCGAGCCCACAUGAGCGAGCCUUUCAAAUGCACCGAGUGUGGGAAGAGCUUCACCCAGCGCUCCAACCUGGUUCGGCAUCAGAGGAUUCACACCAAGGAAGAGCCCUACCAGUGCCCUGAGUGUGAGAAGACCUUCAACCAGAAGGCCAAUCUCUUCCGGCAUCAAACGAUCCACGUCCGCAUGGGGCCUUGCAAGUGCACCAAGUGUGGGAAAUGCUUCCCCCAGAAGCGUCACCUCAUUAAACAUCAGCUGCUCCACUCCCGAGGUGGGGCCUACAAGUGUGGGGUCUGUGGGAAGCGCUACCGGCUGAAGAAGUAUCUGAGGAGGCACCAGAAAAUCCAUUUGCGGGAAGGAGCUGGCCCCAGCAUGAAAUGUGGGGAGGACACAAGGCCUGGUGCUGGGUCUCACCCCACUGAGCAGAGAGCACUGGACCCUGCGAUGAGUGAAGAGGAGAGCUGA